CAGCAGCAGUGAUACACGCAGCCGCCCAACCUGGCCGCAGCAAGAUUGUUGAGCAACAUUUUUUCCCCUUCUGUAUGACACUGGUGCGAUUUAAAACAUUAUUAUAUUUGUUUUAUACAUUGGAUUCUUGGGAGGAUAAACGAAACGUGUGACAUAGAAGAACAAUAGGAGAACGUGUUUGCGGUAUUGGAGACACGGGUACUCUGGACGUUCAUGAGGUGGACUUCGCCGCAUUUGGUGGGCUGCUCCUAGCUUGGAAAAUCCCACCACAUAUCCCUGACAUUCAUUCCAAACUCGACCUGUACGGUGAACUGUCACCGACGUAGAUACAUUUGAAAGGAAAAGCAUGGAAUAAAGCCUGACAUCGAAGGAGUCCUGAAGAAAAGUAGUUUUUUUCUGGUGAAAAGUAGUCCACUGCUUGUUUUAAAUAACCUAUUCAUUAUUAAGUAGCCUAGGAGAGGCAUAGCCUACUCUUACAACUCAUCACAAGAUGUCUGUUCCGAACGUGCUGGCCAAGGCCCUGUACGACAAUGUGGCCGAGUCCCCAGACGAGCUGUCCUUCCGGAAGGGUGAUAUCAUGACGGUAUUGGAGCGGGACACCCAGGGUCUGGACGGCUGGUGGCUCUGCUCUCUGCAUGGACGCCAGGGCAUCGUCCCCGGCAACCGACUCAAGAUCCUGGUGGGCAUGUAUGACAAGGCGGGCCAGCAACAGCAGCCUCCACUCCUCCAGGCCUCCCAGGCUGGCUCUGCCCAGACCCAGAGCCUGAGCCAGCUGGCCUUCCCCCUGCAGAGUGCCUACACUAAGCCCUCUCCCUCCUCCCAGUACACAGCCAUGCACCCUGCCUUCUCCAACCCUGGUCCUGUCCCCGCCCUACCCGAUAGCAUCUACAUGAUGCCCCCCAACCAUGGCAAGCCCUCCCCUUCAUGCCUGUACCAGAUACCCACGGGCCCCCAAGCCCCACCCAAGGCCCCCAUGCUCACCCAGAAGCAGUACCACGCCCCUGUUCAGGACAUCUACCAGGUGCCUCCCUCCAUGGGGCCAGCUCCUGUCCAGGACAUCUACCAGGUGCCCCCUUCAGCAAGAGGGCCUGUUCCUGGGCAGGAUAUCUACCAGGUUCCCCCCUCACUGAACCAGACUCAGAUCCCCCCCUCCAUAGAAAAGAGGAGCUGGGACUCUAAACCUCUAGGAAAGGUGGUUGUGCCGACGCGGGUGGGCCAGGUGUAUGUGUAUGACAUGGGAAAGUCGGAGCAGGAUGAGUAUGACGUCCCUCUCAGACACAUGCCUCCCUCCCAGCAGUCACAGGAUAUUUAUGACGUUCCCCCAACCCGCGCCCAGUACAGCCAACAGGUGUAUGACACACCCCCAAUGGCGGUGAAAGGCCCCCCCAGUGGUCAAGACAUCUAUGACACACCCCCCAGUGUGGACAAGAGCCAACUGCUCUCUCAGCAAACGGUGUACGACUUCCCCCCCUCCGUCAGCAAGGAUGUUCCAGACGCUCCUAUCAGGGAGGAGACCUAUGACGUGCCCCCCCACUUUGCCAAGCUGAAGAGUCUGGAGAGCCAGAACCAGGGCUAUCUGAUCCCCGGUGGGCCUGAGCCCCCCAUCCCUGAAGAUGUGUACGAUAUCCCUCCCCCUCCCCUCACCGGAAAGCACCACCCAGACGCCCACCUGGAUCAGGAGAUCUACGACAUCCCCGCCAGUCUGAGGAAGGGUGGACUCCAUGACCCCCAGGAUGUGUACGAUUUCCCCCGCGAGCGGCCUGCAGGCGAGGACUCCAUCUAUGACAUCCCCCCUCAGGUGGUGCGAGAUGCAGGCGCCACAGAGGAGCUGACGGUCAGCUUCAAACGCCUGUCUGCCUCCAGCACGGGCAGCACCCGCAGCAACCUGUCCACCUCCUCUCUGGACAUGGUGCCAGUCAGGGAGUCGGCGGUGCCCAGCCAGUCCGGCCCAGGGAAACUGUUGAUCCUGGAUCUAGAUCAGGCCAUGGAGCGCCUCUCCCGUCUGCAGCAGGGGGUGGAGGGCUCUGUCUCCCUCCUCAUGUCCUUCAUCAGUGGGAACUGGCGCAGCACCACCCAGAUGGAGGCCAACCUGCCAGCCAUCAGGCAGGCGGUGGACAGGAUGAGGGUGGCUGUCAGGGACCUGCUGGAGUUUGCCAGGGGGGCUGUGGCCAACUCUGCCCAGGCCACUGACCGCACGUUACAGGCCAAGCUGGGCAAGCAGGUGCAGAAGAUGGAGGAGGCCUUCCAGGGCCUUGUCAAGUACAGCCAGGCUCUGGAUGCUGUGGCCUGGGCCCCUUCUGCCCUGAUGACGCCCUCAGCAGGCAGCAGUGGGGAUGACCUGGACCGGCUGGUCAUGUGUGCUCGUGGUGUGCCUGACGACACCAAACAGCUGGCCUCCUUUCUCCAUGGCAACGCCUCGCUGCUCUUCAAAAGGACAAACAAGCAGCAGCAGCUUCCUUUGCCCCCCGUCCCCCAUGCCGCUGACCUCAUGGGUCAGAUGACCAACAACAACAUCUCAGCCUAUCAGAUGGGAGACGGGAGAGCCAACAUUCAGUCCCGCCCCCUGCCGUCCCCGCCCAAGCUCACAGCCGAGGAGGAGACCCGUGACCGGCCGUACGAGACCACCGAGGAGGGAUGGAUGGAGGACUAUGACUAUGUGCAUUUACAGGGUAAGGAGGAGUUUGAGAAGAAUCAGAGGCAAUUAUUAGAGAAAGGGACCAGACACAACAAAACCACACUGGAACAGCAGCAGCUGAAACAGUUUGAGCGACUGGAGCAGGAAGUCAGCCGGCCAAUCAACAACGAUAUCUCAGGCUGGACUCCGCCUCCCCACUACCCAACAGCCCAGCGGAGCAAGCUGAGCAUGGGCGACCGGCAGCUGCUGCUCUUCUACUCAGAGCAGUGUGAGGCCAACGUCACCACCCUCACCAACGCCAUCGACGCCUUCUACUCCUCCAUCAACAACAACCAGCCGCCCAAGGUCUUUGUGGCUCACAGCAAAUUUGUCAUCCUCAGCGCACACAAGCUGGUGUUCAUCGGGGACACGCUCUCGCGACAGGCCAAGUCCCCAGAGGUGCGGGCGCAUGUGGCCCAGCACAGUAACACGCUGUGUGACAAACUCAAGGACAUCGUAGUGAGCACCAAGACUGCAGCGCUGCAGUACCCGUCCCCCGGUGCGGCGCGAGACAUGACGGAGAGGGUGAGGGAGCUGGCCGGCUGCACACAGCAGUUCCGCAUGGCUCUGGGCCAGCUGGUGGCCAUGUGAACCUCCGGUCCUGAGACACUGACAUGGGGAGUCCACACUGGGACACACACCCAGUGGGUCACUGUCACAGACACAUGGACCCUUCAACCUCCUCUUGUGCUUUUUAUUUCAAAAAAGGACAACUAUCUGACUGGGCUGGGCCAUUGGUUGUAAAUGAAUCAUUGUAAAUAUUUUAAGUUACUAUUAGCCAGAAAAAAAAGUCUAAGAAAAUGAACUUCCACUAUAUAUAUAUAUAUAUAUGUUUUUGAGACCUGGAAAACAUGAUGUAGUUUUUAGACAAUGUCCAUUAUUAUUAUUGUUGCUAUACUGUAAUUAUUGCUCUGCUUAUUAUAAUUGUUAUCAUUAUUGUUAUAAUGCGUUGAUUAAGGAUGUUUACAUUUCAAACACAUUGUAUGUAUUACGUAAUGCUGUUUUUCAUCCCAGAUGAUCAAAUAUGGUGGAUUUGGUUAAAGUAAUGUACUUGUCAGGUGAGCUGUAGGAUAUGUUGACAGAAAAUGAAUAGCUUUCCUUGGAGCUGUCAAAGGAGGCUGGGGAUCGUGUUGUGAGUGUAAGGCAUUCUGGGUAGGGGCUGGGAGGGAGAGGUUUCCCUGACAGUUAAUAACAUUCUCAGAUAUACUGCUGUCAUGGGACAGGAUUCAUUUGAGUAGUUCUACAUGCUAAUUAAAAUGCCCCAAUUAGAAGACUGUCUUAUAAUACUAUCUCUUCCUUUGAGAUAGAAGUCAGAAUGAAAAGAACAAACCUGAUUUGGAGGUAAAAAAUCUGAGGUUAAAAGAAAUAUGAAUUUACAUAUUUUUUUCUGCAUUACAACUUCCCUUGUUCUUCAAAAGCACAAGGCUUUAUCUGUCUGUCUGCUGCUCCUAGAGUGCUUGUUGUAUCACCCACACUCUCCCAGACUCUCAUAGUCCUGCAUGCUCUCUGUGAUCUAAAAAGGGUUGGUUUGGACUCCUCUGUGGCUCCACUGUGUUCCAGACCAGGCUCUCUGCUCACCUCAUACAGGAACAACUCUGCUUUCCCUCCCCCUAGCACUUCCUGGACAGCACCACUGCACCCUGCAGGCCAGGGAAACCCGCUAUGGGGGUAAAGGUGUGAGAAGUGCAUUUAAAUCAUUAGCAUACACUCAACACCCUUGUAAAUUGAUGAGCAAAUUAGGGAGUGGUUGUUUGUGAGCCACAUCUCUGCAUUUUACCAAAUGUAUGUGUACACACACACACACAUAAUAUUGAAGGUAAUGUCUGUUUGCAUAACAGUAACCAUUCUUGACACUUCAAAUGACUUUGCAGCAGCUGUAUCAUAUCCCCACUUCCAAUAGCUGUACCAGAGGUAUGUGAGUUCAGCUUGGCCAGUGGGUGUGUUUUACUAGUCCUGGAGACAUCUCCACAUGAAGCAGAGGAAUCUGCUGCCACUCCAGUUUCCAUUGUCCAGUUUUCUAAAACCUGAUUGGCUGUAUUCCAAGUAUCAGAUUACAUAUUGUACUAUAAAGCGCUGCAACAUGUUGUUGUGGAUAUAGUUGAAACCCCUAUCAAGUAAAAAUAAUACCCUGAAAACAAAGCAGACUGGUAUUUGUGGUGAUGUUAUUAUGGUCUCAAAUCUGUGUUUUAAGAUUUGAAAUAUAUAUGUUAAGGACAUUGCAUAACUGGAAAAUAUAUGCUUAAUAUAUUUUCAUUAAAAAAUCAACUUCAAACCUACUCUCUCUUUAAGAAGCUAUGUGCUGUGAGUGAAAUUGCAUAUACUAGACAUGCUUAGUUAAUUGUAACAUAAUUGUACCCCCAGUAACUUCAGCACUAACACCAACUCCUGAGAGAUAUCUGAUCUCCUUGUCAAGUGUGUCUCUACUUACCCUGGGGCUCUGUAUGCUGGACCGCCAUGAUUAUAUAUAUAUAUAUACACUAACUCUUGGCAAAGUUCAUUACCAGCCUCAGAAAUUGCAGCUCAAAUAAAUGCUUCACAGAGUUCAAGUAUCAGACAUAUCUCAACAACAACUGUUCAGAGGAGACUGUGUGAAUCAGGCCUUUAUGGUCGAAUUGCUGCAAAGAAACCACUACUGAAGGAUACCAAUAAGAAGAAGAGACUCGCUUGGGCCAAGACACACAAGCAAUGGACAUUAGACCGGUGGAAAUCUGUCCUUUGGUCUGAUGAGUCCAAAUUUGAGAUUUUUGAUUCCAAACACUGCGUUUUUGUGAGAUGCAGAGUAGGUGAACGGAUGAUCUCUGCAUGUGUGGUUCCCACCGUGAAGCAUGGAGGAGGAGGUGUGAUGGUGUGGGGUGCUUUGCUGGUGAUAACUGUCUGUAAUUUAUUUAGAAUUAAAGGCACAUUUAACCAGCAUGGCUACCACAGCAUUCUGCAGCGAUUUGCCAUCCUAUCUGGUUUGCGCUUAGAGGGACUAUCAUUUGUUUUUCAACAGGACAAUGACCCACCACACCUCCAGGCUGCGUAAGGAGUAUUUGACCAAUAAGGAGAGUGAUGGAGUGCUGCAUCAGAUGACCUGGUCUCCACAAUCACCCUACCUCAACCCAACUAAGAUGGUUUGCGAUGAAUUGGACUGCAAUGUGAAGGAAAAGCAGUCAACAAGUGCUCAGCAUAUGUGGGAAUUUCUUCGACUGUUGGAAAAUCAUUCCAUGUGAAGCUGGUUGAGAGAAUGCCAAGAGUGUGCAAAGCUGUCAUCAAGGCAAAGGGUGGCUACUUUGAAGAAUCUAAACUAUAAAAUAUAAUUAGAUUCGUUUAACACUUUUUUUGGUUACUACAUGAUUCCAUAUGUGUUAUUUCAUAGUUUUGAUGUUUUCACUAUUAUUCGACAAUGUAGAAAAUAGUCAAAGAAAGAAAAACAAUUGAAUGAGUAGGUGUGUCCAAACGUUUGACUGGUAAAGAUUUUGAGACUGCCAAAAGUUUUGAGAAUGACACAAAUAUUAAUUUUCACAAAGUCUGCUGCCUUUGCAUAUACUCCAGAAUGUUAUGAAGAGUGAUCAGAUGAAUUGCAACUAAUUGCAAAGUCCCUCUUUGCCAUGCAAAUUAACUGAAUCCCCCCAAAAACAUUUCCACGACAUUUCAGCCCUGCCUCAAAAGGACCAGCUGACAUCAUGUCAGUGAUUCUCUCGUUAACACAGGUGUGAGUGUUGACGAGGACAAGGCUGGAGAUCACUCUGUCAUGCUGAUUGAGUUCGAAUAACAGACUGGAAGCUUCAAAAGGAGGGUGGUGCUUGGAGUCAUUGUUCUUCCUCUGUCAACCAUGGUUACCUGCAAGGAAACACGUGCCGUCAUCAUUGCUUUGCACAAAAAAUGGCUUCACAGGCAAGGAUAUUGCUGCCAGUAAGAUUGCACCGAAAUCAACCAUUUAUCGGAUCAUCAAGAACUUCAAGGAGAGAGGUUCAAUUGUUGUGAAGAAUGCUUCAGAGAGCCCAAGAAAGUCCAGCAAGCGCCAGGACCGUCUCCUAAAGUUGAUUCAGCUGCGGGAUCAGGGCACCACCAGUACAGAGCUCGCUCAGGAAUGGCAGCAGGCAGGUGUGAGUGCAUCUGCACGCACAGUGAGGCGAAGUCUUUUGGAGGAUGACCUGGUGUCAAGAAGGACAGCAAAGAAGCCACUUCUCUCCAGGAAAAACAUCGGGGACAGACUGAUAUUCUGCAAAAGGUACAGGGAUUGGACUGCUGAGGACUGGGGUAAAGUCAUAGUCUUUGAUUAAUCCCCUUUCGGAUGGUUUGGGGCAUUCGGAAAAAAGCUUGUCCGGAGAAGACAAGGUGAGCACUACCAUCAGUCCUGUGUCAUGCCAACAGUAAAGCAUCCUGAGAGCAUUCAUGUGUGGGGUUGCUUCUCAACCAAGGGAGUGGGCUCACUCACAAUUUUGCCUAAGAACACAGCCAUGAAUAAAGAAUGGCACCAACACAUCCUCCGAGAGCAACUUCUCCCAACCAUCCAGGAACAGUUUGGUGAUGAACAAUGCCUUUUCCUUGCCAUAAGGCAAAAGUGGCUCGGGGAACAAAAAAAUUAUAUUUUGGGUCCAUUGCCAGGAAACUCUGCAGACCUUAAUCCCAUUGAGAACUUGUGGUCAAUCCUCAAGAGGCGGGUGGACAAACAAAAACCCACAAAUUCUGACAAACUCCAAGCAUUGGUUAUGCAAGAAUGGGCUGCCAUCAGUCAGGAUGUGGCCCAGAAGUUAAUUGACAGCAUGCCAGGGCGGAUUGCAGAGGUCUUGAAAAAGAAGGGUCAACACUGUAAAUGUUGACUCUUUGCAUCAACUUCAUGUAAUUGUCAGUAAAAGCCUUGACACUUAUGAAAUGCUUGUAAUUAUACUUCAGUAUUCCAUAGUAACCUCUGACAAAAACAUCUAAAGACACUGAAGCAGCAAAUUUUGUGGAAAUUAAUAUAUGUGUCAUUCUCAAAACUUUUGGCCACGACUGUAUAUACAUAUUUUUUUGUAUUUUACCCCCUUUUUCUCCACAAUUUCAGGCGCCCGGAAUGCCACAAAGAGUCGCUAGAGCACAAUGAGCCAAGUUAAGCCCCACCGGCCAAACCUUCCCCUAACCCGGUCGACACUGGGCCAAUUGUGCGCUGCCCUAUGGGACUCCCAGUCACGGUUGUUUGGGAUCAAAUCCUGGGUCUGUAGUGACGCCUUAAGCGCCUUAGACCGCUUCAUCACUCACGAGGCCCCGGGCCGCAGUGAUUCUGGCUCCGUUUAUACCUGAUUCUAACAUACGUCCUUUGUCAUGAUCUUGUUCACAUUCUGAUUGUGUCCACAUUUUUAGACAGGUGUAGAUGAUUAAAAGACUCAUUGUGAUCUACCUCCUGAGGUAGUCAGACACGCAUUGUGUCUGGAUAUCUUACAAGUGUAGAUGGAUAUGGAGAGUGAAAUCAUUUAAACCAUCAUUAUCCCGCCCUCUAAAAUCAUUGAUAGGUGGCACCAUUGACUUAUGGCAUCAAUAUGUCUUAAAAUAAAUAAAUACAUAUUAUUUUGAAUGAAUAUGUGUCAAAUAAUUUGCAUACAGGGAAGGACCUGGAAAUCUGGUCAUAGUACAGACACAGUGGACUAUGAGACACAUAUUUCUGAAAAUGUGGGCACAAUCAGAAUGUGGACAAGAUUAGGACGCAUGUUAGCGGCAGGUAUAAACGAGGCUUCUGUGAAACUAUAGAAACUAAAUUGUUAAUAUCUUAAUGUGUAACUAAGGCCUAGAUUCAACCAGAUCCAGCGUGAUGCCCCAUUUACAUCGUGAUGUAUUUCAUUAUGUCGUGCUUCAACUUCAUACAAUCUCAUUCCGCUACUGGACGGAGAGUAUAGUAUAGGGUUUAACAACUCAAGACAAGGUGGAGGAGAGCAGUCUCUCGUCAGAGAUCGCAUUUAUUUGGGGAAAUGGCAAAAUAUGACCUUUUCAUUCGACAGGAUAAACAUAUUGUUUUAGUUGAUAAUAAAACAUUACAUUUAAUUACUUAUUACUCAACUUAUUACUCAACUCAACUUUCUAGCAAGUUAAGGUAUAGAGCAGCUAACUAGCUAAAAGCUAGGCUAUACUGUAUCUAGCGACGUGCACCAAAUAAUUAUUAUAAAAAACAAAUGUCAUUAACAUCACAAUAAAAUAAAAUGGGAGACAAUGGUCAAAGUAUAAUUGUCUUCACAGCCAAAGUGUAUUGUACAAGUGGAAGUACAGUUCCCGCGCAGCCCAGUCAAAACUGUUCGCUGCUCUGGCCCCCCAAUGGUGGAACAAACUCCCUCACGACGCCAGGACAGCGGAGUCAAUCACCACCUUCCGGAGACACCUGAAACCCCACCUCUUUCAGGAAUACCUAGGAUAGGAUAAAGUAAUCCUUCUCACCCCCUCCCCCCUUAAAAGAUUUAGAUGCACUAUUGUAAAGUGGCUGUUCCACUGGAUGUCUUAAGGUGAACGCACCAAUUUGUAAGUCGCUCUGGAUAAGAGCGUCUGCUAAAUGACUUAAAUGUAAAUGUAAUGUAAUGUAUUAUUUUUAACAUACAAUGAAAAUAGUUCAAAAACCGCUGCUCUAAUGGAACUGAAUCUCUGCUACUCGCAUAAGGAUCAUAACUCAUGCUUAUGGCUUGACAUAGAUACAGCUCUUAACGCUUAAAAAAAGGGAUUUAGGGAUAUGAUGAGUCUAUGGUAUUCAACCGGGAGUCUGGGGUCCCCUGGGGGAUUUGUGUUUUUUUUCUCAACGUUUUUAUGAUUAUUGCAAGCAACAAGAGAAUACAUACCUACUACGGUAGAAAAUAGAAAAUUACGCUCAUUGGAGUUAACUACAUUCACUGGAGUAUCUGACAUAAGGCUUUGAAAAAGCACCGGUGAACAGGCUACCAGUGCAGCAAGUGUUGCUGGCUGCUGGUAAGCUUUCUUGACUUGGACAUACAGUUGAAGUCGGAAGUUUAUAUACACUUAUAUUGGAGUCUUUAAAACUCGUUUUUCAACCACUCCACACAUUUCUUGUUAACCAACUAUAGUUUUGGCAAGUCGGUUAGGACAUCUACUUUGUGCAUGACACAAGUAAUUUUUCCAACAAUUGUUUACAGACAGAUUAUUUCACUUAUAAUUCACUGUAUCACAAUUCCAAUGGGUCCACAAUUCCAAAGUUUACAUACACUAAGUUGACUGUGCUUUUAAACAGCUUGGAAAAUCCAGAAAAUUAUGUCAUGGCUUUAGAAGCUUCUGAUAGGCUAAUUGACAUAAUUUGAGUCAAUUGGAGGUGUACCCGUGGAUGUAUUUCAAGGCCUACCUUCAAACUCAGUGCCUCUUCCCUUGACAUCAUGCGAAAAUCAAAAGAAAUCAGCCAAGACCUCAGAAAAAUAAUUGUAGACCUCCACGAGUCUGGUUCAUCCUUGGGAGCAAUUUCCAAUUUUCCUGAGCCGUCAUACUGCUCAGGAAGGAGACGCGUUCUGUCUCCUAGAGAUUAAUGUACUUUGGUGCGAAAAGUGCAAAUUAAUCCCAGAACAACAGCAAAGGACCUUGUGAAGAUGCUGGAGGAUUCAGGUACAAAAGUAUCUAUAUCCACAGUAAAACGAGUCCUAUAUCGACAUAACCUGAAAGACCGCUUAGCAAGGAAGAAGCCACUGCUUCAAAACCGCCAUACAAAAGCCGGGCUACGGUUUGCAACUGCACAUGGGGACGAAGGUCAUACUUAUUGGAGAAAUGUCCUCUGGUCUGAUGAAACAAAAAUAGAACUGUUUGGCCAUAAUGAGCUUCGUUAUGUUUGGAGGAAAAAAGGGGAGGCCUGCAAGCCGAAGAACCCCAACCCAACCGUGAAGCACGGGGGGUGGCAGCAUUAUGUUGUGGGGGUGCUUUUCUGCAGGAGGGACUGGUGCACUUCACAAAAUAUAUGGCAUCAUGAGAAGGAGAAUUGAAGCAACAUCUCAAUACAUCAAUCAGGAAGUUAAAGCUUGGUCGCAAAUGGGUCUUCCAAGUGGACAAUGACCCCAAGCAUACUUACAAAGUUGUGGCAAAAUGGCUUAAGGACAACAAAGUCAAGGUAUUGGAGUGGCCAUCACAAAGCCCUGACCUCAAUCCUAUAGAAAAUGUGUGGGCAGAACUGAAAAAGUGUGUGUGAGCAAGGAGGCCUACAAACCUAACUCAGUUACAGUGUGAAUUUAAGUAUGCUCUCUCGAAUUCUCUCUUUUUCUCUUUCUUUCUUUUUCUCUCUUGGAGGACCUGAGCCCUAGGACCAUGCCUCAGGACUACCUGGCAUGAUGACUCCUUGCUGUCCCCAGUUCACCUGGCCGUGCUGCUGCUCCAGUUUCAGCUGUUCUGCCUGCGGCUAUGGAACCCUGACCUGAUCACCAGACAUGCUACCUGUCCCAGACCUGCUGUUUUCAACUCUCUAGAGACAGCAGUAGCGGUAGAGAUACUCUUAAUGAUCGGCUAUGAAAAGCCAACUGACAUUUACUCCUGAGGUGCUGACCUGUUGCACCCUCGGCAACUACUGUGAUUAUUAUUAUUUGACCAUGCUGGUCAUUUAUGAACAUUUGAACAUCUUGGCCAUGUUCUGUUAUAAUCUCCACCUGGCACAGCCAGAAGAGGACUGUCCACCCCUCAUAGCCUGGUUCCUCUCUAGGUUUCUUGCUAGGUUUUGGCCUUUCUAUGGAGUUUUUCCUAGCCACCGUGCUUCUACAUCUGUAUUGCUUGCUGUUUGGGGUUUUAGGCUGGGUUUCUGUACAGCACUUUGAGAUAUCAGCUGAUGUAAGAAGGGCUAUAUAAAUACAUUUGAUUUGAUCUGAUUUGAGUUACACCAGCUCUGUGAGGAGGAAUGGGCCAAAAGUCACCCAACUUAUUGUGGGAAGCUUGUGGAAGGCUACCCAAAACGUUUGAUCCAAGUUAAACCAUUUAAAGGCAAUGCUACCAAAUACUAAUUGAGUGUAUGUAAACUUCUGACCCACUGGGAAUGUGAUGAAAGAAAUAAAAGCUGAAAUAAAUCAUUCUCUCUACUAUUAUUCUGACAUUUUACAUUCUUAAAAUAAAGUGGUGACCCUAACUGACCUAAGACAGGGAAUUUUUACUAGGAUUAGGUGUCAGGAAUUGUGAAAAACUGAGUUUAAAUGUGUUUGGCUAAGGUGUAUGUAAACUUCCGACUUCAACUGUAUGUUUGGAGUUAACUUUCUAGCUAAUAGGCUAUGUUAGAGUUUACACAUUUUACAAUUAUAAUGUGGGGAGGUCAAAAUAAUCAAAAACGAUCUACCAAAUCUAUUCAUGUUAAAAUGUCUCCUUGCCAUUAUCAUUCACCUGAUGAUAAGACAAGAUGUGGAGACUGUCACGUUCUGACCUUUAUUUCCUUUGUUUUGUCUUUAUUUAGUAUGGUCAGGGUGUGAGUUGGGGUGGGCAGUCUAUGUUUUGUGUUUCUAUGUUUUGGUUUCUGUUUCGGCCUAGUAUGGUUCUCAAUCAGAGGCAGCUGUUUAUCGUUGUCCCUGAUUGAGAACCAUAUUUAGGUAGCCUCAUUUUCACUGGUGUUUUGUGGGUAUUUGUUUCCUGUGUCAGUGUUUGUGCCGCACGGGACUGUUUCGUUUCCAUUUCACUUUGUUAUUUUGUAUUUGUGUCAUGUUCAGUCUUUUCUAUUAAAACAUGGACACUUA